ACUUCCUCCUGCAGGCUGGCCAAGAUGUCACCCUCGGGGCUGCUGCGGGGGGCCUGCAGGACCACACUUAUCUCCCUGCUCCUGGUCUGCUGUCUGCUGCCCCCAGGUGCCCAGGGGCAGAAGUUCCCACUGAGGGUGGAGCCCCAGAACCCGGUGCUGCCUGCAGGAGGGUCCUUCUUGGUGAACUGCAGCACGGAUUGCCCCAAUCCCAAACUCAUCACCCUGGAGACAUCCCUACCCAAGAAGCCAGUGGGCAAUGGCCUGGGCUGGGCAGCCUUCCAGCUCAGCAGUGUGACCAGUGACAGCCAGGUCCUCUGCUCCGGCUUCUGCGAUGGCUUCCAGAUGACAGCCUCCUCUGACAUCACAGUAUACCGGUUCCCGGAGCGCGUGGAGUUGGCCCCCCUGCCCCGCUGGCAGCCCGUGGGCGAAAACCUCACCCUGCGCUGCCAGGUGGCCGGCGGGGCGCCCCGGACCAACCUCACGGUGGUGCUGCUCCGCGGGGAGGAGGAGCUGAGCCGGCAGCCGGCCGUCGGGGAGCCCGCCGAGGCCACGGUCACGGUGCUGGCGGGCAGAGACGACCACCUCGCCAAUUUCUCGUGCCGCACGGAACUGGACUUGCGGUCCCGAGGGCUGGGUCUGUUCCAGAACAGCUCGGCCCCCAGGCAGCUCCGAACUUUCGGCUUCUGGGGGCCCAUCCUAAACCUGAGUGAGUCCAGCGCCUCUGAGGGGACCAAAGUGACUGUGACUUGCGCGGCCGGAGCCCGAGUCCAGGUCACGCUGGACGGAGUUCCGGCUGCGGCCCCUGGCCAGCCUGCCCAGCUUCAGUUAAUCGCCACCGAGAGGGAUGACAGGCGCAACUUCUCCUGCAAUGCCACGCUCGAGGUGGACAGGGAGAUCUUACACAGGAACAGGAGCGUCCAGUUGCGUGUUCUGUACGGUCCCAAGAUUGACCAAGCCAAAUGUCCCCAGCGCUUGACGUGGAAAGACAGAACCACCAAUGUCCUGCGGUGCCAGGCCCGGGGCAAUCCGGACCCCGAGUUGCACUGUUUUCAGGAAGGCUCCCGGAAUGAGGUGCCCGUCGGGAUUCCAUUUACCGUCAUGUUAAACUAUAGUGGUACCUACUCCUGCCGGGCGGUCAGCUCUCGAGGCACAUACACUGUGACCGUGGUGAUGAACGUUCAGGGUCGGAAUGCCCGUGCUGUCACCAUUGUCAUGGUGGUGUUAGUGACCCUGGGGUUGGUGACUACCACUGCGGCCUUAGUGUACGUCUUCGGGUUGCAGAAGAGGAGUGACAUUUACCAAGUGAACCAGGGGAGCACUUGGUUGCCCCUGACGUCUAGGCAGCCCGAGGAGGCUGUGGGGGAGGGGCCGUCCUGAGCUUCGAACCUGGGGGAUGCUGGACCAACGACGAUAGGGGUUUGGCUGUAUCCCCGGUUCCACACCAAUAAAG